UCUUUCUUUGUCAUUUCUCUGCUGCUCCAGCUUCCAGGCUCUGUGCACAGGACAGAAAAAUUCCCCUGCUUGCACCAAAUUAGUCCCAUUGUUUCCAUAGAUGGGGACCUGGUGUUUGGGAUCUUUUUACCCUUGUUCUCAGUUGAAGUGAACAGGCUAACAGGAGCAAAACUGUUUGAAAGUCCUCCUAACAAAGCUUGUAAGCCUUACCAGUGGCUGCUAAAAAAUUACCAGCAGGCCCUGGCUAUAGUGUUUGCAAUAGAGGAGAUUAAUAAGGAUCCCUACCUGUUGCCCAACAUUUCCCUGGGAUUCCACCUCUACAACACCUACCACAGUGAUGAGAGAACAUUGGAGAGCUCCCUAAAGUGGCUUUCUGGACAGGGCCAGCUUGUCCCUAACUACAACUGCAGGGAGCAGGACAAGUCUGUGGCUGUUAUUGGAGGAGUCACCUCAGCUCUCUCUGUCCAGAUGGGGACCCUGCUCAACCUCUACAAGUUUCCACAGAUCAGCUAUGGUCCAUUUGACUCUAUUCUUACUGACAAGGUCCAGUUUCCUUCCCUCUACCAGAUGGCCCCCAAAGAUUCUUCUCUUCCCAAAGGUGUUGUCUGCUUAAUUGUACAUUUUGCAUGGAACUGGAUAGGACUGAUUGUCUCAGAUGACAUGAGAGGUGAGGAAUUCCUCUGGGAAAUGAGAAAGGAAAUGGGAAAGAAGGGUGUUUGUGUGUCCUUCACAGAGAAGAUUCCUGUCAGUGAGAGAAAACAUACGGAAUCACAUGAGACUUUCAUGCCCAGGAUCAUAAUAUCAUCAACCAAGGUGAUCGUCAUCCAUGGUGACACAGAUUCACUAAUGAUUCUGAGAUACUCACAACUUCCUUUUUUUAUAACACGGAAGGUGUGGAUUGCUACAUCUCACUGGGACAUUACCAUGAGACCCAUCUAUCGGUAUGAUCAAAAUUUCCAUGGGGCUCUCACAUUUUCAUACUUGACAAAUGAAAUUCCUGGUUUCAAGACUUUUCUUAAGACAAUUAGACCUUCUAAAUACCCAGAUGACAUUUUACUUAGGGGAUUCUGGCUCUCAGCUUUUAGGUGCUCAGAUCAACCAGAAAAAAAAGAGCAAGAGAUAUGUUCACCAAAUGCUUCCUUGGAGAUUUUGCCUCUUUGUGCUUUUGAUAUGACCAUGUCUGGCUUGAGUUAUACCAUCUACAAUACUGUGUAUGCUGUGGCUUGGGCUCUCCAUGAAAUGUUUAUGGAAAAAUCAGAGAAAAGAUCAGCGGAAGAUAAAGAAUAUUUAGUACCAGAUUCAUGGCAGCUGCACUCCUUCCUGAAGAACACCCAAUUUAACAACAGUGCUGGUGAUCAGGUGUUUGUGGAUGAGACUAGAAGCUUUGAGGCUCAUUAUGCCAUUAUGAACUAUUUGAUCUUUCUUAAUGACACUGAAGCUUUGGUGAAAGUGGGGCAAUUUGUUCCUAAGGCUCCACUUGGUCAAGAUUUCACAAUUUGUGAUGAUGCCAUAGUAUGGGGCUGGUGGGAUUCCAAGGUUCCCAGUGGAGUAUGCAGUGAGAGUUGUGCUCCUGGAUUCAAGAAGGCUCCUUUGGAGGGGAAGGCUGCAUGCUGCUUUGAUUGUUUCCCAUGCCCAGAAGGGGAAGUUUCCAGUCAAAUAGAUGCAGAGCAUUGUAUGAAGUGCCCAGAGGAUGAAUAUCCCAAUAAGCAAAGAGAUCGCUGCCUCCCCAAGGUGGUGACCUUCCUGAAUGUGAAAGAACCUUUGGGGAUGACUUUGACUUUCAUGGCUGUUUCCUUCUCUUUCCUGACAGUUCUGGUUCUGUGGGUCUUUGUGAAGUUCCGAGAUACUCCCAUAGUCAAAGCCAAUAACCGGACUCUCAGCUAUACUCUCCUCAUCUCCCUUAUCUUCUGUUUCCUCUGCUCCUUGCUCUUCAUAGGCCAUCCUACCACUACCACCUGUCUCUUCCAACAAACAAUAUUUGGAGUUGUGUUCACAGUGGCUGUUUCUUCCAUUUUGGCCAAAACCAUAAUGGUGGUUGUGGCUUUCAGGGGAAUAAGGCCAGGGAGCAGAAUCCGCAUGUUCAUACAUCCUAGAAUGUCCAAUUAUGUUGUUCUCAUGUGCUCAGGGAUUCAAGUGAUUUUAUGUGGCAUCUGGCUGGGAACCUCUCCCCCCUUUCCAGAGACAGACACACACUCUGAAUAUGGCCACAUAAUCAUUCAAUGUAAUGAGGGCUCUGCCUUUGCAUUUUACUGUGUCCUGGGCUACAUGGGCUUUCUGGCCCUGGGAAGCUUUACAGUAGCUUUCCUGGCCAGGAACCUGCCUGAUACCUUCAAUGAAGCCAAGUUCAUCACUUUCAGCAUGUUAGUGUUUUGUAGUGUUUGGGCCUCUUUUCUUCCAACAUAUCAGAGCACCAAAGGGAAGGCCAUGGUGAUAGUGGAAAUCUUCUCCAUCCUGGCCUCCAGUGCUGGGUUACUUGUAUUCAUUUUCCUUCCCAAAUGUUAUGUGAUCCUCCUGAAGCCAGACAGAAAUACUCAGCAAUGGAUCAAGAAUAAAUAA